GUCCUGCGGCGGGGCAUGGACUUGGGGCACAGCCCGGGCAAGGCCCCGCCCCGAGCCGAGGGCGGAGCGGCUGCCGCCGCCCGACUACAGGCCGCGGUGGGGUUGUCCGGCUGUUAACUGCCUCGUGUGCAGCAAUGGAACAACUACGGGAUCCAGCUACGCAAGAAGAUGCAAAUAUUAAAGCUAUUAACGAAGCGUACACAAAAGCCUUUAUUUUUAUCAAUAAAGGACUACAUGCAGAUGAACUGGGUCAGAAGGAAGAGGCAAGAAGUUACUACAAGCAAGGACUUCAGCACUUGCUCCAAGGAGUUGGCAUUCCAUCACAGGAUCCUGCAUGUGUGGGACCCCAGUGGGAGUCUGCCAAACAAAUGCAACAGAAGAUGAAGGAGACCCUCCAAAACGUGCGCACUCGACUUGAUAUUCUAGAACAAAACACUUCACCUGCAGGAUCAAGCCCUGCUGCAAUGGAUGCCUCUGCUGGAGCGUCCAGGUUGUACCCAACCAUUCCUUCCACAGAAAAGCCAGAAAGGCCCCCCCCACCUAAUGCUCUGUUUGUACCGAGUCAGCCACCUGCACUAGAUGGAAGUGUUGCAGCUGCAAGCCCAGGGCAGCUUCCAUCUAUGAGCCCAUCAUCUGCAAAACCUCUGUGUCUGCCAAACGAAGCACCUCCUGCCUAUACUCCUCAAGCUACCAAUGGCCAUUUUACUGUGUCUUACGGCACGGACUCAGGGGAGUUUUCUUCUGUCAGUGAGGACUAUUACAGAAAGUGUACUCAGCCACCUCCCCUUCAGAACCUGGGAGUGGAUGCAGAUGAGCUGAUCUUGAUUCCCCAAGGCGUACAGAUAUUCUUUGUGACUCCUGAUGGGCAGGUCAGUGCUCCUUCAUAUCCUGGAUAUCUGCGCAUUGUGAAGUUCUUGGAUACAGACAGUGAGAUGGCCCAGAAUCGUCCACCUGCGUUUCUUCAGGUUUGUGACUGGUUGUAUCCCCUAAUGUGCAACCAGUCUCCUGUUCUGUGCUGCAAUACAGGGGUCUACAUGUUCCCUGACAUGAUGUCCCACGUACCUGGAUCCUAUGUGGGAGUUGUGUUGUCUUCAGAACUUCCAGCAGCUGACAAGGAGCUCUUUGAGGAUCUGUUAAAGCAGAUGUCUGACCUUCGACUUCAGGUGCCAGGAUCCCAUGAGAGAGUAGGGUUACCAUCACAGCUCCCAGCAACAGAGAGAGCGCAUUUUGAAGAUAAAUUAAAACAGAUGUCUGGCCACAAAGUCCAGCCUCCAGAAGCCUCCAGUGAUGCGAUUAAUUUGCCUCAGACUGUACAUAUCCAACCACGUCCUCAAGAAGAUGAAAAUCAGAAAGAGUUGCCGGAAUGGAGUGAGAAAGUUGCCCGCGGAAUCUUGUCAGGUGCAUCUUGGGUAAGCUGGGGCCUCGUAAAAGGAGCGGAAUUUACUGGGAAAGCUAUUCACAAAGGAGCUUCUAAACUGCGAGAACACAUUCAGCCAGAAGAAAAACCUCUGGAAGUCAACCCAACUGUAGCAAAGGGCCUUCAUGUAGCGAAACAGGCUACUGGAGGAGCUGUGAAAGUCAGCCAGUUCUUAGUUGAGGGAGUAUGUUCAAUAGCAAGCUGUGUUGGAAAGGAGCUGGCUCCUCAUGUGAAGAAGCAUGGCAGCAAAUUAGUUCCAGAAUCCCUUAAGAAAGACAAAGAUGGCAAAUCUGCUCUCGAUGGUGCCCUGGUGGUAGCAGCAAGUGGAGUUCAAGGCUUUUCAACAGUGUGGCAAGGUUUAGAAAGUGCAGCUAAGUGCAUUGCUAAAAGUGUUUCAACCGAGACCGUAAAAACUGUGAAGCACAAAUAUAAAAAUAGGAAAUACGGAGAUCAGCAGGCAACAACCACUAAGUGAAAGACAAAAAGUAUGGAGAUGAUGCUGGCCGUGCUACUGACAAACGCUAUGAGCUCUGCAAUCAAAUGUUGGUGUACAGCACAUUUUAACAUUGACCAUAUUGGUAUCAAAGGCUGUUGUUAAAGAAAACUGGCAAAGGAAACCGGCCAAUGCUGUAUUAGAUGAAUAUAACAAGUUACUGGAUAAGGAGAAAAAGGAUAAAAAAUGAAAACAGUGAAGUAUUCCUUCAAAGCCUUAUAUUCAACAUGAGACUUCACAUUUAGAAGUAACCACACUGCUAACCUGUGAUUUACUGCAAAUCAUAUUGUGCUCUUCGAGCAACUGUUAUUUAAUUUGCCAUGGGAAAAUACAGAAUGGUUAUUCCAAGAAGGAAAAAGGAAAGUAUUCUUAAUUCCUCAUUCUUUAUUUGAUGAGUCUUCAGUUAAUCAACUUGCCUCUUAUAAGCACUUUCUCAAAAACAUAAUAUGGAUAAGAGUUAACACAGAAGUGUUACUAUAGAUGUUUUUGUAAUACACUAUAUUUGUAAAGAAGGCGGUGAUACUGAACAAAUACGAUUGCUAUUAUCA